UGUCAGGUCGCGCGGUAAGGAGCAGAGCAUCUUCCUCCUCCUCCUCUUUCUCCCUCUCUCUCUCUCUCUCCUCAUUGCCAUAACAACGGAUGCAGCGCAUCAGUCCGCGCGGGAUCAGCAUUCAGCAGCCGCGCGGGGCGGAAUAAACCCGCACCGUUGCCGUUAAGACCCCUCAAAGGUGACACGCACGCACGCGCCUCUCCGAACUAUUUACGUCAAACCGUUUAAACUGCUUGAGGGAGACGAGCGCAGGCGGGAGAUCCUCACUGGGGUUAUUAGCCAACAGUAGGACCAGGGAAGGCGAAGGAAGAAAGAGAAACAGAGAGCAGGAAGUGCAGCGUGGGAAAGCGGGGAAAAUCUCCGGGGAUCUCCAGCGCUAACAUCUCCAUCUACGGUCCUCCCCGUUUUUUUCCGCCAUGGCUCGGGAGAACGGAGAGACCGGCGGGGAUUGCACAUGGAAGAAGCAGGUCGAUGAUAUCAAGGAGAUGUUUGAAUUCAAGGAGGUGCUCGGGACGGGUGCAUUUUCAGAAGUGGUCCUGGCAGAGGAGAGGUCCACAGGAAAGAUGUUCGCUGUGAAGUGCAUCCCUAAAAAAGCGCUGAAGGGGAAGGAGAGCAGCAUCGAGAAUGAGAUUGCCGUUCUACGCAAAAUUAAGCAUGAGAACAUAGUGGCGCUGGAGGACAUCUGUGAAAGCCCCAAUCACCUCUACCUUAUAAUGCAGCUUGUGUCUGGAGGCGAGUUGUUCGACCGGAUUGUGGAGAAAGGUUUCUACACUGAGAAAGAUGCCAGUACACUUAUCAGACAAGUACUUGAUGCUGUAAACUACCUCCACAGUAUGGGCAUUGUACACAGAGAUCUAAAGCCAGAGAAUCUGCUCUAUUUCAACCCUCAAGAUGCCUCAAAGAUCAUGAUCAGUGAUUUCGGUCUGUCUAAGAUGGAGGGGACAGGUGAUGUCAUGUCAACAGCCUGUGGAACGCCGGGAUACGUGGCUCCAGAAGUUCUCGCUCAGAAGCCGUACAGCAAAGCUGUGGACUGCUGGUCUAUCGGCGUCAUUGCCUACAUCCUACUGUGUGGUUACCCUCCCUUUUAUGACGAGAAUGACUCCAAACUCUUUGAGCAGAUCCUGAAAGCGGACUAUGAGUUUGAUGCACCGUACUGGGAUGAUAUAUCUGAUUCAGCAAAAAACUUCAUCGGUUGUUUGAUGGAAAAGGACCCCUCAAAGCGAUACACAUGUGAACAGGCCCUUCGACAUCCCUGGAUCGCGGGAGACACUGCACUCUGCAAGAACAUCCAUGAGUCCGUCAGUCGACAAAUGCGCAAAAACUUUGCAAAAAGCAAAUGGAGACAAGCCUUCAACGCCACGGCCGUGGUUCGCCACAUGAGGAGACUGCAGUUGGGCAGUAGCAUGGGGAGCAGCAUGGACCAAUCGAGCAACACCAACCAGAACCGCAUACUGAACGCCAAUCAGACUCCAACCCUACCACCCAACACCACAACAAACACCACUUCAGUACUUACUCAAAACCACAAACCUGCUCCCAACGCAAAUGCUGUUCUCAGUAAUGAUAUGGCCACAGGAAACACCUCUGUACCACGCAAAGACUGUACUGCCCCUCCACAAACUUCCUGUUCCCUGGCAUCAGCUGCUUCCUCCACUGCCUCAGGGGCGGAGCCCUGCAGGCCACUCCCUCCCUCAGUAGUGUCUGUGAGCACAGUGUUAACUGGGACCAAGUGACGCCAGGUUCUGCGGGGAGAGAGCUGGGAGGCCACCGCCCUGUGAGCCCUGCCCCUCAGCCCAUUCCCCGCCCUGCCGUCCAGUAAGGCAGAGGACUGACCCAUCGCUAUAGCAAACACUGAAAGGCUAAAAACACUGCACGCACCUAAUGCACUCCUGCCAUUUAACCUCCAGGCCACUAGAGGGUGCAAUGCAUGCAGCGACAGGAGACGGAAAUGUCUGGAAGAUGGCUUCCACUUUGAGAAGUGAAUUUGUGCGGAUAGACAGAACUGUUAUGUCUUUGCUAUGAAUGUGCUACGAACCACGCCAGCCAUGAAAAAAAAAAAAAAAAACGAAGAGCGCAGAGGUUUAGGUACGAAAGUGUGCAUGAUUGUGUCCGCCCUUAUAAGAGGACGGUGCCAAUGUCAAACGAUUCUUACUAUAUCAUAAUAUGUCUAGCUCUUCCCUCUUACCCUCUGUUUUCACUUUCUCUAUCUACUCACAAUUUAUUGUAUUUCUCGUUAGCUACCAUUUUGAUCUUUCGGGGUUUUCCACUGAUGUGUUACGCUGACCUGCAGAAGAGCUUUUAAUAAUCACGUCAGACUGUUUUGCGACAUUUUUCGAGUCGAGACUUCUGUUUGCACAAAUGAGAGAACAGGUAGCGCAACUGCUAGUGUUUUAUGAGAUGGGAGAUUACCGAUUUGAAACCUCGCCAUAAGGUUUUAGCAUCGCAAAGUUUGAGAUAUCUUUUAAAACAUGCAAUAUGUUUGAUUGUUAGCUUACUUUACUGGACCUUUUUUUUUUUAAAAGCAGAGAAAAAACUACUUGAUCCUGUUAUUCUCUAUUUCAAAUGUGACUUUAAAUGCACACAGACAGUCAGUGUUAGUAACUGAAUAUAGUAUAACUGUUAAUACACAACACAGAUCUCCUGAAAGCCAUGGCAGCGUCUUUCUACGCCCAGUGAACGAGUUCUCAGGGAAUUCCGCAGCUGCACUGGGCACCAUAGUGAUGGUAUCUUUAGUAACCCCUCCAUGGUUUGAGAUUGUCUCAUCCAGUUGGAAUAAUGUCAAAAAUGUUGAAUAGGAUGAUGGACAGCUGUUUAACUCACACGAUGCUUGUAUGACAGUUUGACCAUGUGGGGAAACUGCUAUGUUAUGCUACGUUCACGUCAUUUCAGAAUUAGCCAAGUGUGAUACAAACUACUAAAUCGGGUUCUGGAAGUAAAUCCCAUCAUUUUUCUCCAUAGAAGAUUUGAUUUUUAAAAGACCUACUGUGAGCUACGAGGUUGUUUAACGAUGGUAUAUGAUUUACUUUUUUAUGUUUAUCGAUUGCAUUAUGUUCAACAGUGGGAUUUCUUGUGAAAAACUACAUUACCCAUGAUUCUGAAAAACUACUUUCCACAAAGCAAUAAUGCUAAUGACUGAUGUAAUCUCCCUACACUUAAUUAAUAUUGGUGUAUGUAUAUUUUGCAAUAUCAUACACAAAGAACAUCUUUAAAUCAAUAGUUUUAAAUUUAUUUGUUGUUUUUAAUUUGAUUUUUAUUUGAAGUGCUUCAUGGGAUUGUAGUUCCUUUCCUCAUUUGAGCGAUUAAAGUCUUUUUCUCCGCUUUUCAAAUACAUUUUUGCUUCAAAUAAAAGUUUGUAAUGUUGUAAGUCACCUCAUCGCUGGUUGGUUUGGUCAAUGUCUUAUAAUAACUCUUAAAUGGGAAAAAUGAAUGGAAAAAAUACUUCCGGUUCCAAGGCUGCUGAAAAAGUGGACGGUCACUAUUGCAUUCUAUUACAGAUUGGAAACAAGUUAAGGGCAGGAUUGGCCUUUGUAUGCGACCAAUGGCAUACAGAAGAGUUUAGGAUUUUUUUUUUUUUUUUGCAACAUUUUGUGAUGCUAGUGGUGCCGAAACUUCACUUUUAAAAGGCAGCUUUGUAUAGAUACUGCUAAAUAUUUCAAUUUAAUAUGUACUUUUAUUAUAGCCAGCAUAUUAUGCUGUGCUCUCUUAGCUCUUCCUGAUUUUGCAAAAAAAAUGUGGCUCUUUAGUGUGGCUAUUAAGUAUUUUGCCAUCAUUGAUCCAUUAUGUGUUGACAUGUUGUGUAAUUCUGACACAACGUGAACGCAGCAUAACUUUUAGUGACUGUAAACAUCUUCCCAGUACGACUCAAGAGUGUCUGAAUUUCUAGCAUUGGUUUAAGGGCUAAGUUAAGGUUUUUACACUUCCUUAUUGAUGGGUGACUGGUCUUCUGUCCCCGAAUGGCUCUGCUUAUGUCCUGUCAGGUUUUUAUAAGUGACUGAUGUCUUCAUUGCCCUUUAUGGUUUGUUAAAAUCACAGGAGGGAACCUCGUCUACGGACAAGAUUUAGGAGUGUGUGAUAUUUUCCAAAGUGCCAUCGAAUAUCUCCAUGAAUUUCCCAUUUGUUUCAUCCUGAAUGUCUGUUUCAGUGUGGGUGGGUUUGAGCUAAUGGCUUUAUUUUUCAGUCAGGUCAUGCAUGCAGCACUUUGUCUUCAUUUUCACACCCGAGAGGAGUUUGUAAUCUCACAACAGAGAUGCUCUGCAAAGCUUUUCACGAAACUGGUGUAACGUUGUGUUUUUGUAUGUCACAAAAGCGGUUUUAUUUGAUUUGAAUGAACCAUACUGCACAUUUCAGUUUCAUUCAGAGCCGUUUAUGAAGGGUUUGAUAACUAAAGGUUAUUUAGAUGAAUGUUGAAUGACAGUAUCUGUGGCAUGAUGUUGAUUACCACAGGAAAUCAUUUCAGUUUGUCUCUUAGUUUGUAAGAAUAAAAGUCUUACUAUAUAGAAUGGCAUUAUAGGGCAAGUCUUAAUUUUUUCUGUACAAAUAGGUGUUAUUUGAGCUAAUAAUUUUGCAGUAGAAAGACUGAAUUUCUUGAAAAUCUGAAAAAAAAAAAAGUCUGUUAAAAUGUAUUACAUUGCAAUUUCUUGCCCCUGUAGACUUUCAUUGUAAGUGCAUUACUACAAAUGUAAUUUCUGCUCCUUUUCAUAAACUGAGGGACAAUUAGAAAUGGUUUUCUGUGGCAACAGGGUCUAAAAUUUUUGGCUUCAUUGUCCAUGUAGUCUGUGUUUGUGAGUGUCACUUCUGUGCGUAUUUAUGGGUGUAAAAUGCAGGAAAUGUGUCUGGUAUUCUGGUUUUGAAUUUUUGAACCCUCAGUAGGAUGUGCAAGGUAUAAACCAAAAUGUUGGGGUGUUUUGAACAAAGAUAAAUCCAUAUACAGUUACUGCCACUGCAAGCCAAACAUAAAUAUAUUGAACUAUAACAAUUAGAUCUAUGAACUCAUUUUAACAUACUAUAGUGAAUCCAUGCACACACACGUGCCGUGGCUCACACACAAACACAUCCUGAUCAAUCAGAGUGGAGCGAUCACUUCGACCACAGCAUCACCGUGGUCUGUCUGCGUCCAGAGCAAAUCACUGUGUGUCCAAAGGCUUUGUAAAUAAAAUGUGAUUGUGACGUGUCUAUCAUGUUGUCCCUGAAGAGAUGUUACUGUGUACACCAUGUGUGUCAUUUCGUUCUCUAAACACUGCCUUUCUCUGCAGUUAUCGGCCUCACAGUUGACAGUAAUGCACAGAUGUAUAUUCACAAUCUUGUUUCUCGCUCAAUGUCGUACGUUCUGAAAAAAAUCACGUUUCUAUUGUACAAACUUCUCACGCGCAACAUGGUGAAUAUAUAACGAUGAUCUUUUGUGAUGCACCUUUUCCAGAAGAAUCGUUCCCUGAUGUGUUCCUUUGUUUAGUUUUUUUUUACCAACUCAGGCGUCACUUUUGCCUCUUACGAUGAAAAAGCUGUGACUGACAAGUGUCUGUGCUAACCAGUGACUGUGCAGUUUUAAACUUGUCCCUUGAAUGUCGACUUCUUUGCAAAUUAAGAAAGAAAAACCUUGCGACCACACCGAAUGAUUUUAUAAAGAAUUGCGAGCAUGUUAAAUGCGCUUUCCGAUUCAACCGAUUGUUUGCGUAUAUUUUCAAAAGUCCUUACCAUGUAACUAUAUGUAUGAAGAAAUAUGUCUAUAUCUAUAUGAAUAUAUAAAUAUUUAAAAAAUGCAACGCUGAUAAUGCAGGCCUUGUGAUCUCUGCAUCUCUCACAUAACCUGUCCGAAAUAAAAGUUGCCCAGUGAAAUGUGAAUUAUAUACUCAUAUGCAUGUGACAAUGAUGAUCAUAUUUUGGGAGUGGCACACGAAUACUAACUUUACUGUGAUGUGAUCUUCUGUCGAUAUGGGGCUUGUAUAUCCAAUGCCUUUGACAAUCAUCUGCACAUAUCAGAGUUUAUAUUCCAUGCUGUUAAGCAAUGGGGAAUGAGUGAUUGUUUUUUUUCCCUUUCUUUUUCCUUAAAUAAAUCCUGAAUGAUCAUGA